AUGGCUUCUGACGCACCUUCCUCACCAUACCAGGAUUCGAUCCUUCAGUCAGAUCUGGACAUCGUACCAGAUGAUGAUGCAACAUCUCCUCUCGAUCCCGAAGGUUCUGUCGAUGAGGUCACCUUUGAAGAGGAUUUCGACAUGGAUAUCGGGGCUCUUGAUCUCAAUGCUGAAAUCAUCCAAAAACUGAAAAGUGCCGGCUUGUUCACACAGCACGAAGUCCUCAGCAAGCUUUGCCACUAUUGCGCAAACAUAACACAUGAAGCGAUAUCCACUCCUGAGAGUUACAAGCACACUCCCAACGUGUGGAAGCUUCUCCAAUCCGCGGAAGAAUGCGAGCUUUGUGCGCUAGUGGUGGAGCAGAUCACCGCGGACGGUGCAAUCUUCCUCGACAUGGAUUUUGAAGGUGGCGAACGCGAAAGGAACCGGGACGAAGAGUUCGAAACUUCCCUCAUGUACCUCGGCAUCAGCAGAGAUGAGCCUCGUCCGGUGAGGGUGGAAUUACGCUCGCAUGGUAUGGCUUUCCAAGUGGACAAGGGCGCCGAUGAAGCAGAAUGGAUGAGAUGGCACAGGCUGGUAGAACUAAAAGCCUUUACCGACUCAAGUACACAUUCGCAGCGUGAGGGGUCUGACCUCCCGCUCAGGCUCGCUCUGACCGAACAGCCGAGUCUCGAGAUUCUCUCAGUUCUUAUUCGGGAAUGGAUUGCCAGCUGCCAACAAAGCCACCGUCGGUGCAAUUUUCCGUCCCAAGGAGAUGCAAUUCCACGACUACCGACGCGAGUUCUCGACCUCAGGGAUGUGAAAUCAAAGGGACGGGUACGAAUCUGGCCCACGCAAGGAUCACGCGCUCGGUAUAUUGCUUUGAGCCAUUGCUGGGGCGGCAAGCAGCCGGUCAAGACGGAGAAAGGAAAUCUAAGCCAGAGGAUCGAGGGAUUUCCCUAUACAGAUCUGCCUCCGUUGUUCCGAGACGCAGUCGAUACUGCCCUGGCUAUCGGUAUCGACUAUCUGUGGAUCGACUCCCUGUGCAUCGUCCAGGAUGACAAGGAAGACUGGGCAUUCGAAGCGGCGAGGAUGGCAGACGUCUACAUGAAUUCGUCCCUCACAAUCGCUGCAUCCGCGGCGCCCAAUAGCUCUGGGCGCCUGCUUGGACCAAGGCAGACGGCACCCAAAGCUGUUCGGAUUCCCCAAAGAGCGGCCAGCAGCACCGAGGAGAAUUGGUCCAUUUACGUGGAUGGCCUACAGGAGCGCUUCUUUUCGCGCGACGCGCAUGGAUCGCCGCUGAACAAGCGUGCCUGGGUGUUACAGGAACGACUGUUGUCACCUCGGACUCUGCAUUUCACCGGGACGCAGGUCUACUGGGAAUGCUGGCGCGACAUCCAGCACGAAAGCCUGCAAUACGAAAUGGGAGACUACCACAAAAGCCGCGUCUUUCCCGGAUCCUUGUCGCCCUGUAAGCUUGGGGCAAAGGAUAAGGUGGGCGCUUACCUGGAGCAGUGGUUCAAGGUGCUCGAGAUAUACACCGGCUGCCAGUUGACGUUUGCGUCGGACAAGCUGAUUGCGAUCUCGGGAAUCGUGGAUCGAAUCCAAUCGGGAGACACCAAUCCCUGCUUCAAGGGCAUCUUCUACGACAGCGCUCUGCAUCAACAGUUGUUGUGGAUAGUAGAUGACAAUUCCCGCUGUGAGUUCCUCCCGGAAACCGGAGCACCAAGCUGGAGCUGGGCAAGCAGAAACGGAAAGAUCCAUUUUUCCGCCAACAUGCCAGGACUCGAGCCACAUAACUCCACCCGAGUAGCGUGGCGCGAAAAUUCAGAGGACCAGAUCCUGGACUUGAGAGCCGAUCUCUUCACUCUCGACGCGAGCGUCAUUGUCGGGGAGCUGAGAGAAAAGGAACGCGUCGACUCGUACCGAAGAAAACAAGGAGUUGUUGCCCGGAACCUUCUCAUGGUGGAAGAUGGGGAUAUCCACUUCCGGUUCAUUCAUGAAGACAGAAGUGCGAUAGCCGAGGAUGACGAUGCCGAUAAUGACGACUCCAGAAGCGAUGGCUCCGGUUGGGUGCCCAAAUUCACCGGUCUUGAGGACGAAAGUGACUUUGAAGACGACGAUACCGUUGCAGGGGUUUUAUUGGAUCGUGAGAAGGGAGGUGAGCUGAACUUUGGCUCCAUCUUCUGGGUGUUGGUUGGACACGUGCCGUACGUAUUGACCCAGACUCUGAUUUGCUAG